GCCUGCUGGGUUCCUUCGAAACCCGAUGGAACCUAGGCGUUGGGUUUCUCUUCCCUUUAGAACCCAACGCUUGUUGGGUUCCUUCAAACCCCAAUGGAACCCAGGCAUUGGUUUUCUCUUCCCUUUAGAACUCAACGCUUGUUGGGUUCGAAGGAACCCAGCAUGCUUGGGUUCGAUGGAACCCAAGCACGAGUUCUUUCAAACCUAGGCGUUGGGUUCCUUGGAACCCAGCACGCCUGGGUUCAGAAACUCUCCAUUUCUACCUCCAGUUGCUCAGCCACCGUAUUCCUCCCCACACAAAGAAGCAGAGGAAAAGGAGAGACUGUCAUCGUCUUUACUCCAUCAUUUGCUUUUGCUUCUUCUUCGAUUCUCUCUCUCUUUCGUUAAAUUCGUCAUCGAUUUCUUGUUCAAGUAAGCUCUCUCGAUCGUUUAGCUUUGAGGCUUUGUCUUUUCAAUUUGAGAUUAUGAUGGAUCAAUUUAUGUUUGGUUGAUUUGAUGAUUCUGUCACUCGUUUUGAUGUUUUUGUGCUAUUGAAAGUGAGAUCUGUGUGUACAUUGACGAUCUCUGUUGUCGAUUUUGCAAUUUUAAUUCGUUCUGGCUUUAGUUGGUUUUAGUGAUUGCUUUAUUUGGUUUCCUGAUUUGGUUUUUUGGUCUUUGGAUCUAUGUUUUAUGAUGUUACUAUCGGCUAACUAGAUCGUCUGGAUUCUAAUAGUAGUGUUCUUUCGAACCCAGGUGCUAGGUUCGAUGGAAACCAAGCAUGAGGUUCCUUGGAACCUAGGUGUUGGGUUCUUUCGAACCCAACACGCCUGGGUUCAAUGAAACUUGUAUUCUUUC